AUGUCUGUCAAACCCCCCAACCCGUCGGGGAGAAACCAGCACGGUAAUGGAAAGAUACUCGAUAUUUGCCCUGACAUCGGCGAGCGCUUGCAAAGGUACUUUGACCAAGGCGUCCGUCAGAAGGAUAUUCCCCAGCGCCUUUUGAAGGAUUUGCCUGGGCUGAGUGUCAGGUCAGUUCGAAGGCUCAUCAAGCAGCUUGGUAUCAGAACAACGCGGAACAGCGGCCUCACCGACCUUGAGAAAGGCAAAGCAAUUCUCGAGCUGAAGCAACACGAUCCAUUGGGACGCUGGGGAGCUCGUGCGGUAAAGGAGAAGCUUGCUUUGCAGUCCGUUCACGUUUCACGCGACUUUACUGCUAAGUUCAUGCAACAUGAAGACCCCAUGGGCGCCGUAGCAAGGAACCCUCGCGUCAAGAAAGCUCACCCAUAUGGCAUAACUUCUGCUGGUCCAAACGAGGAGUGGUGUGCAGAUGGACACGAGAAGAUCACGAAAUCGAUGGGGAUUUCAGUCUGGGGCAUUAUUGACAAGUACAGUCGAAUGGAGCUUGGUCUGUUCGCAGGAAUAAACGCCCGAGACUCCGAGUUACCGGUGGCACUGUGGCUCCGAGUUGUUCAUCGUCUAGGAGGGAUGUCUGUAACAUUGUCCGUGGAUAAGGGAAGCGAGCUUGGUCGCAUGAUUACAUUAGUUACUGACCUUCGAGCUAAAUAUCAGCCCUAUAUACCUGAAGAGAACGUCCCAGCAGUUAGGGCAUCCGACAGCAGAACCAACAUCACACGCGAACGUAACUGGAGACCGCUCUGGGAGAAGGAGCUCUCGAACAUCGAGUACUUCUACCUGAAUGGCAAGAUCGAGUCUGGCUUCCACCCCAACGACGAAUUUCACCAGAUGGUUGCGCGAUGGGUUUGGGCCCAGAUCGUUCAAGCCAAACUGGAUGCUCUGAUGAUCGAGAAUGCUUCCCAUCGCAUUCGCGGUCAGAGGAAUAUCCUUCUCCCAAGCGAUGCACGUCGGGAGGACCUCUAUAACCAUCCAGAGGAGUACGGGGGCGAGAAGGGCCUCUUGAUUUGA